GAAAAUGGAGUUAAGAAGAGCUAAUGUUAAUCAAUCAGGAGAUGUCAGUGGCCAUAACAAAGUCAAACUCAGACUGAAAGACAUCGCUCGGAGGAGCAAGAUGAAAUUUCAGAAGAAUUAUAGUAGAAAUCAAAAUAACGAAUACGAAAAUCAAAGCCUUAGUGGUAGCUGACACAAUGAAUUUAUGGAGAAAUACAAGAAGCGGCUAAAAUCUUUUAACUCUAACCAAAAAGUACAUAAUGAAUAUGAGUCUCUUAACAAACCUCAGAUCAGCAAGACUCUUCAUAAGAAAUAUUUAUUGAAAAAUAUGAAAUUUGGGAAGCCAGCUAGAAACAACUCAUCAGUUAUACUUAAAAGAACUAAGCAGCGUCAUUUCGCAAGUGAAAUCGAUUAUUCUGAUGCUAAGAGCAUUAUCUCUCAAACUAGGCUUGGCUUGAAGCAGAAAAAUAAUAUAUUAGGCUCCGAGAAACGCAUGAGAAGGAGUAAUAGUGUUAUUAAGAAACGUCCAGGAGGUCUUUUUGAUAAAAACUUGCCAAGACUAAAUCAAUCCCAAUUAGAUCAUCCUCUUGCUGAUGAUGAAGAUUUUGUUAAGAAAAAUGCUAUUGAUGCCCUCAAAAAUAUUGAUAGACUGAUUCGAGAAGAUCUCAAAUGCUCUUCAUGCGGUGAAAUUUUGGAAAAACAUGAAGUUGAAUUUAGUAAACAAAUGCAAAUUUACCAAGAUGAACCAGAAACUUCUGAACAAAAGUUAAUUUGUAGCAGAUGUGUUUAUAAUAUGCUGUUAAGCCAAGAUAUCAGGGAUGGUCAGCCAAGUAGUCUGGUACUGAAUAUUAAGAAAAAUCCAAAGCCAGUUCAGAAAGAGACUGUCCAGACUCCUCAUGAAGCAAAUUUUAUAAAAUAGGGUAAACACUGAGCGGAAGUUGCCUUCAAUUAACAAAAAGAUUAUGGAAACCCCUAAAAAGGGUCAAGAGGAUGUAAAUUAUUCAUUGAUAAUUUCCAAAAAGUUAAGCCAGAAGCAUGACCUCUUCGGACCACCAGAAGAUUACAAAAUGAAUAUCACAUCGACCAACAGAGAUUUAUACCAGGAGAUUCCGAUGAGUUCUGAAAAUAUGUACAACCCUCUUCGUAAGAAGAAGACGGAUUUGUCAAAUUAUAUUGAUGCGUUUUUCAAACUUCAUUCUAAGAGUUAGACAAGUGUUAAUGAUCUUCUUGUUAAUAUGCUUCAAUUG